AUGUCUACAGUAAAGCCGGCAGAGGAACAGAUCGAGUUUCAGGUGAACUCUGAUAAUAAGGGACAUGCUGUUGAACAAGAUGUUCUCUACCAGGUCUAUGCGUCCAAAGGUCCGGAAUGGCAUCACACUAUGACCCGGCGUCUGCUUCGCAAGGUCGACUUUCAUCUCUUGCCCUUUCUUAUCUUGAUGUAUCUUUUGAACUUUUUGGACCGCAACAACCUAUCGCAAGCUCGUCUAGGCUCAUUAGAGAAAGACCUAGGCAUGGAAGGCACCGAUUACAACCUCGCCACGAGUAUCUUGUUUGUUGGCUAUCUCUUGAUGCAGUUGCCUUCCAACUUGCUCCUGACUCGUGUUCGGCCUUCGUUGUUCUUGGGAAUUGCAAUGGCCAUUUGGGGUAUGAUUUCCGCUUGUCAGGCAGCCAUUCAGUCAUUUUCAGGACUUAUUGUCACGCGAUUCUUCCUCGGAUUCGUCGAGGCGCCUUUCUUUCCCGGUGCUGUCAUGUUAAUGUCCAGUUGGUAUACCCGACAGGAGUUGAGCCACCGCAUUGCCUGGUUUUACUCAGGAAGCUCAUUGGCAAAUGCCUUCGGCGGUCUCAUCGGAGCGGGCGUCCUGGGUAAUCUCGAUGGCGCGCAAGGAAUCGCCGGUUGGAGAUGGUUGUUCGUCAUCGAGGGUUGUAUCACGGUUGGCGUAUCUCUUCUCGCUACUAUCUUUCUCCCAAACUAUCCUGCUUCUACCUCCUGGUUGGAUGAAGAAGAGCAAGCCUAUGCUCAAUGGCGUCUGAUGCACGAUGCCGGUGAGGCUGAUGAGGUUGGUUCAACCAGUAUCAAAGAGGCUUUGGCACUGGUCUUUGCAGACAAGCGCAUCUACCUCUUCAUUUUACUUCAACAUACUUCGCUCCUGUCGCAGAAUUUCCAAUACUUCUUCCCAACGAUUGUGCAGACACUUGGAUACGGCAAUAUCGAGACUCUUCUCAUCACUGCGCCCGUAUGGAUUGCCACAUUCCUAAUCUCGCUGCUCGUGACAUGGAGUUCAGGCAAAUCAAAUGACCGCAGUCUGCAUAUUAUGGCCUUGAUGAUCGUCAGUGUGGUUGGAGGCGUCAUAAUUACUGCGAGUAAUAACAUCGGCGCCAAGUUCUUUGCUAUGUUCCUGAUGCCCAUGGGGGCGGUCUCGGCAUAUCAGAUCAUCAUUGCCUGGGUGGCUAAUUCCUUCCCUCGGCCAUUGGUCAAACGAUCAGCUGCAAUCGCUAUUGCGAACAUGAUCGGGAACACGGCUUCAAUUUACGGCAGUUAUAUGUGGCCAUCUUCUUCGGGGCCUAGAUACAUCCCUGGGGGUAGUGCGACCGCUGCGAUAGCAUUUUUCGUCGCCUUGGUGGCACUCGUCAUUCGCCUUGUCCAUAUACAUAUGAACAAGCGAUUGGAUGAGACUGCUACAUCGGAGGAUCUUCGUUCCUCUGAUCCAAACGAUCUGGAAACGCGUGCUGUUGGAUUCCGGUAUAUUUUGUAA